GAGCUUUGCAUCAGUCUCAGUGGUAGAGAUGAAGAAUCUGGAGCACAGCAUUAUAUUGUCUCAAUUGAGAUGGUCGAUUUGGAGCAGAACCAUGAACACAGCUUAAAAAACUUAUUUGAACUUUACAUCUUUGGCAGAAUGGGAUACUUUACUGUAUCACAUCGUGUGAUCUCUGAGGCAACAAUUCUUACAGAAUUUAAAACACACACAUCACGAUCUUCAAAGAAGGUUCAUAAUUUCGGAAAGAGAUCUAACUCAAUAAAGAGAAAUCCUAAUGCCCCGGUUGUCAGACGCGGCUGGCUCUACAAACAGGAUAGUACCGGAAUGAAGUUGUGGAAGAAACGGUGGUUUGUGCUCUCAGAUCUGUGUCUCUUCUAUUACAGAGAUGAGAAGGAAGAAGGAAUACUAGGUAGCAUACUUCUACCUAGUUUUCAGAUAUCUGUGCUUUCUGCUGAAGACCAUAUUAACCGGAAAUAUGCCUUUAAGGCAGCUCAUCCAAACAUGAGGACCUAUUAUUUCUGCACAGAUACAGGGAAGGAAAUGGAGUUGUGGAUGAGAGCCAUGACAGAUGCAGCACUUGUUCAGACAGAGCCUGUGAAAAGAGUAGAGAAGUUAACCAAUGAAAAUACACCAUCACGAGAGGCAAAUAGUAUUUCAAACCAUCGGGUGCUAAUUAAGCCAGAGGCACAAAAUAAUCAGAAAAACAAAGAAGCGACCAAAAAUGAGGAGAAGAAAGCUCUCGAAGCUGAAAAAUACGGAUUCCAGAAAGUCGGGCAAGAUAAACCAUUAACGAAAAUUAAUAGUGUAAAGCAAAAUCCAUUGGGAUCUGAAUACAGGACUUUACCCAUAAGCACAAUUCAGGCUGGGCACUUCAGACCAGCUCAUUUAAAUGGGUCUGAGAAUAAAGCUGUCGGGGUUGUCCUGGCAGACGCUGGAGAUGGAGGUCAGCACAACGCGUUUCAGUCGCAUAUGGAGUCUGAACGAGUUAUGCAGAGAACUAAUUCAAUGCUGCAGUUGGAACAAUGGAUUAAAAUACAAAGAGGAAAAGGCCAAGAAGAGGAAACAAGAGGCAUAAUCUCCUACCAGACGUUACCAAGAAACAUGCCGAGCCAUCGACCACAGGUUUUACCCCGGUACCCAGAAGGCUACAGGACGCUGCCCAGAAACAGCAAAGUGCGGCCGGAGAGCCUCUGCAGUGUGGCACCCUCAGCUUACGACAGAGCCAUAGGACCGGUCACCACCGAAGAAAAACGGAGGUCGAUGCGCGACGACACGAUGUGGCAGCUCUACGAGUGGCAGCAACGUCAGUUUUACAAUAAGCAAACAACUCUUACUAGACACGGUACUUUAAGUAGCCCAAAAACUAUGAUUAAUAUUUCUGAUCAGGCAAUGCAUUCGAUUCCCACCUCACCUUCUCAUGGUUCUAUCGCUGGUUUCCAAGGAUAUUCCCCACAACGGACCUACAGAUCAGAAGUGUCUUCACCAGUCCAAAGGGGAGAUGUGACUAUUGAUCGCAGACACAGGACGCAUCAUACCAAGCACGUCUUUGUGCCCGACAGAAGGUCAGUGCCAGCAGGUUUGAGUUUACAGCCUGUUACUCCUCAGAGCCUCCAAGGCAAAACAAUGAAAGAGAAUGAACCUUUAAUCACCAUGGUUCACACUAUGAUUGAGAACUCGGCGCUAAGACCACAACUGUACCAGCAAUUAACACAAGAAGAAUGUAGGGGUACACUAUACAAAUAUAGAACUGAAGAGCUGGAUAUUGAUGCUAAGCUUAGCCGUUUAUGUGAACAAGAUAAAGUUGUACAAGCGCUGGAGGAGAAGCUUCAACAGCUACACAAGGAGAAAUACACGCUUGAGCAAGCUUUGCUAUCAGCAAGUCAGGAGAUAGAAAUGAACGCAGAUAAUCCCGCAGCCAUACAAAACGUAGUCUUACAGAGAGAUGACUUGCAGAAUGGACUGCUUAGCACCUGCCGAGAAGUAUCGCGAGCUACUGCAGAACUAGAAAGAGCUUGGAGAGAAUAUGAUAAAUUGGAGUAUGAUGUAACUGUAACAAGGAACCACAUGCAGGAGCAACUUGAUCGGCUUGGAGAAAUUCAGACUGAGUCAGCAGGGAUACAGCGUGCUCAGAUUCAGAAGGAACUGUGGAGAAUUCAAGAUGUCAUGGAGGGUUUAAGUAAACAUAAACAGCAAAGAAGCUCUUCAGAGGCAGGCAUCAUGGGAUCAAGGACAUUUUCAGCCAUUAAAUAUAAAAAUGAGGAAGAGGAAGUAGUCCCACCUCGUCCUCCACUCCCUCGGUCCUAUGACUUUACAGAGCAUCCUCCCAUAAUCCCCCCUCUGCCCAGUGAUAGCAGCUCCUUGCUCUGUUAUAGCAGGGGCCCAGUACAUCUGCCAGAAGAAAAGAAGAUUCACCAAGUUCAAGGAUAUCAGAGAAAUGGAUCUUACUGUGGUCCUGAUUAUAGGCUUUAUAAGAGUGAACCGGAGUUAACUACAGUAGCAGAAGUAGAUGAGUCUAACGGUGAAGAAAAAACAGAACAAAUUUCAGAAUCGGAAUCUACUGCUAAAGGCUCACAUUUUCCUGUGGGAGUUGUACCACCCAGGACCAAAUCGCCAACACCAGAGUCUUCAACAAUAGCAUCCUAUGUCACUUUGAGGAAGAAUAAGAAGAUAGAUCUAAGAACGGAAAGACCAAGAAGUGCAGUGGAGCAGCUGUGUCUUGCAGAAAGCACUCGGCCUCGAAUGACUGUGGAGGAACAGAUGGAAAGAAUCAAGAGACACCAACAAGCUUGCCUGAGAGAGAAAAGGAAAGGACUCAAUAUUAUUGGCAUUUCAGACCAGUCUCCUUCACAGAGUCUGUCAUUCAUCAGAGAUAAUCCAUUCAAACUGGCACAGAAUCGAAGAAAGGAUGAUACUGUAUCUAGUAACAUGAAGGAAUUGGAGAGCACCAGUAAAGAAAACAAUUUGAAACAAAAUAAUGAAAGUCCCGGAGAAGAAAUAGCGCAACUAAAACAUGGUGGAGAACAAGAAUAUAUUUCAGGUUUUACUAAAGAGCUGACAAAAACUGACGAUCUUUUAUCAGAUGCACAUGUUGUAUCUGACUCAAAAGAAGUGAAUAAUGACGAGAAAGCAGAAAAGGAGAAAAAUAGUACAUUGGAAGAAACACAUGAUGUUGAUAUAAGCCUGCAGAGUGUGACCACAGUUACAAACCACAAACCAAAAACCAGCUCAGAAGAAAGUGAAGUAGUUAGUGUUCAAGAACAACAAGGGAUUAUGUCUUCAUUUGAGUUAGCAGCACAGUCUUCAAAAGGAAAUCAGGCAGCAGCAGCGAAAAGUUUGCCUUCUUCACCAGAAUCGUCACUGUCACCAGCUCCAUCUACACAGACACAGCUCACAGAAGGAUCACAUUUCAUCACUAAUGGCUUCUGUUGAAACAAUUCAUGCCUGAGAUGUAUGGACCUGACCUAUGAAAAUAUGAGAAGAUAUUGUACAGUAUAUUUUAAAUCUAUGAAAUUCAUAGUUCUGAUGCUUUUGGCCACAGAGCAUCAUUUUAUCACUUCCUGGAAAAUGUUUAUUCCAAGAGAGCUUUAAAUGGCCCACAUGUACACUCAACAACCUUCAGCUCGUUCUCCUGAUACCAGCUUGCUGCUAUGAUUUCUGUGCACACAAAAUAACGGCUCUUUUUAAUGUGCAGCCUA